AUGAUUGGUGCCGUUAUUGCUUGCAAAUACGGUUCCGUGAACGAUCCGCUUGGCGUGGCUAUCGUGGUAGCAGGCGUGGUCAGCCUCCUUUGUCGAGAUGUAACCUUUGACGACCGCAAUCUAGGACAUGAAGAUGCUCAAUACGGUCGCAGCCACAGCCGCAGCCGCAACCGCAGCCACUAA